AUGCCGCGAACAAAGACGCGUGAGCCACGUGUGAGACGUUCCUGCGAGCGCUGUCGUAGACCACUCAAGGCGCAGCAGAACGUUAUCUCACCAAGUACAUCAGUAGAGUCUCACAGUCGUGACGCAGAAUCUUCAUCAAGAGUCGACGCUCAAGAUGCCAGCAGCUGGCAUAGUCGAGGCGGCUCAUCAAAUAGCAUUCAUCAACAACUACCUCCGAUAACAGCCAUGCUGUCAGAGUCUCCAUCAUGGUCACCGGCAAAUCCAGAGCCGCCAGCAGAUCUACUCAGUGAUUUCGUGGGCGCUUACCGCGAAAAGCUCUACUUUCAACCACUCCCACUCUUUGAUCCACGACGUCUUCAAUUAAAAAUCGGCACAUUACCGCAUUACCUUCGAUGGAGUUUCUUAGCCUUGACGCUUCAUUUUACGAGCCACAACUUUUACUACGGUCUGGAAGCAAAGGCUAUCGAGUACUAUACUACGUCCGCGCGGAGCAUAGUUGUUGACAUGGCGGCUGAGGGACUUGCGCAGCUUGAGGUGUUGCAAACGUUGUGUCUUCUCGCUCUCUGUGAUCAUAUCGCCGGAAAGACAUCUCGAGCGUGGAUGAUGGUCGGAAUGGCAGCAAAACUCGAAGCGCUUCGGCUAUUCCAGUCCAAAGCUGACCUCAACACUCGACACUCCGAUGAUACCAUCUCAAGAUGUCAUUGGAGUAUUGCCAUCUUGGAGAGCACCUUUAUUCCCAACUGCAACACCUUGACCGGCAUAACAGGCGCCCCGUCGUAUCCGAAAAGUGUGCCGCGUCCGACGCCACUGCAUUCUUCCCAUGGCAUGAAGAGUUACUGCCCCGACUUGACCGACGCGUACGAGGGCAACAUCCAAGACGUCGGUGUUAAUGCGACAUGCCUGGGUUACAUAUCUGUCUGGGGAAGCAUCAUCUCCUAUCUGAGAGACAUUCGCAACGGAGCCAACGAGUAUCCAUGGCUAGCUACUUCGAGACACAACCAACUCACAGUGAAACUAUACGAACUCGAGAACAUCACGUCGCACAGACAUCUCAUCCGAAACGCGCCUUUCCCCGACCAACCCUCAGAGGAUCUCGGCGAGCACAGAGAAUACUGGGCACCAUGGGUAUCGUUCCAGAUAAUGAUGCACGCAACCCAAGCCGUACUCAACAAUCCCUUUGUUCAACUGGUCGCUCUUCGAAGAGCAGGUCGAAACUUCCAACCGCGGUCUUUCUUACAAAACACAGUUGAUCAAGCGCUUUUCCACGCAGAAUGGGUUUCCCGACUGGUUCAGAUGUGCGCAGACCGUCAGUUCGGAGUCAACGACCCCUUGAUCGGACAGGCUGUUGCUGGCUGCGUGUCAAUAUUAUGGAUUUUCCAGUUUGCAAGAGAUCGAAAAGUAUCAGAAAAGGCGAAGGAGAAUUUAGUGACUUGCGAGACAUUCUUGGGACAUCUGGCCAGGAAGUGGCCUCAUAUUGCCGAAAAGCUCGAGAUCUUACGAACCCUCAACGUCAAAGUAGCAAAGCAACAACAAACUCCCCAAGAGGACGAAUCAACCAGCGCAACUAUCAAGUUUGAACCAGGCAUGAUGUGGGAAUUGCUUGAUCCUGCCAUGUCGGGCGUUGAUUGGGCUAGUCUGUGUAGUUCGUCAAAGGGUAAAGGGUCGCACCCAACGACGAGUGCUACGAUACGAGUUGCCACCAAGUUUGUGCAUCCUAUCAACAACGAAGUCGAGAGCGCACCGGUGCCGGAGCCCGAGCAUAAUCUAUUCGAUUUGGAGGAUAUUUAUGGCGAACCGUUUUUGGAUCAGUUCUUUUCGGACUCUUUGUUGGUCAAUAUUUCAUAG